AUUUUUUCUGUCUUUCCUUUUUCUAUCGGUCGUUCGAAAAAAAAAAAGAUCAAAGAAUAUCUCGAACUACGGUUUCCACAUUCGUUCCUUAUAUUGUUAACAUUCUCGUGUUCGUCGUUAUUGUUAUUGCUGAUACUACUGUUGCUACUGGUUGUUGCUGCUGUUGCUGCUGCUGCUGCUGCUGCUGCUGCUACUCCUCUUGAUCGAUUCCCCGGCGAGAGGUUGCCGGGUGGGAAAAGUAAGCGUGCGUGCGUGCCGCGGACGACGUCUCGCGAAGAGAAACGAAGUAAGAGGAAUAGAGGAAGAUAUAUAGAGAUAGAUAGUAAAAGAAAGAGAGAAAGAGAAAGAGAGAGACCGGAACGCGCGACCGCCUGACUGCUGGCUUUUCUUCGCGCCGUCUAGUGGUGUGUUAGUGUGUGGUAGUAGUAGAGUGUAGUAAUAGUAGUAGUAGUAGUGGUGUGGUGGUGGUGGUGUGGUGGUGGCAGUGGUGGCAGUAGCAGCGGUGAUAGUAGUGGUGGUGGUGGCGGUGCUGCUAGUGGUGGUGACUUUGGCGAAGGUGUAUUGGCCGAGAAAGAGAGCCGACGACAGGACACGAGUACAUACGCCGCCGACAAAAGAGGGCUGUUAUGGAGCGAAGCUGUCGUCUGCUCUUCCUGUUCCCGCCGGUGCACCUGCUCACGAUAUUCGUCGCUUCUCUCACACUGAUAGAUGCUUUCUCCGUCGACAGUAAACCGGCUUGUCCAUUAAGACAAUUUCGCUGUGCGAACGGCAGAUGUAUACCCAUGACUUGGGUCUGCGACGGAACGGACGAUUGUACGGAUAAUUCCGAUGAGAAUCCUGUAGUAUGCAAAGGUACUCAACAAUGUGGGGAAAACGACUUCAAGUGUGCCAGUGGCAGGUGCAUACCUGGAGUAUGGCAUUGCGAUGGGGAAAAGGAUUGUGACGACGAUUCCGAUGAAGAUCCGAAUAUUUGCAGAGCACAAAUAUGCAGCAAGAAAUUUCAAUGCGGUUCAGGAGAAUGUAUACCAAAUAGCUGGUUAUGCGAUCAUCAAAACGAUUGUCAAGACGGCUCGGAUGAGAAAAAUUGUAAUAGAACGAAGAAUUGCACCGCGGAACAAUUUACUUGUCGUUCGGGAUAUGGCGAAUGCAUCGCAUUAACAUGGAUGUGUGACGACAAUCCAGACUGUUCGGAUGGCUCGGACGAGGCUGAAUGUAAUGAUACUUGUCGGUCUGAUGAAUUCACAUGUGCAAACAAGCAUUGCAUCCAACAAUAUUGGGUCUGUGAUCAUGAUGAUGAUUGUGGGGAUGGCAGUGAUGAAAAAAACUGUACUCCAACUACGUGCAAUCCUGUGACAGAUUUUGCUUGUACAGAGUACUUCUGUAUCAUAGCACAAUGGAGAUGCGAUGGCGAUUAUGAUUGUCCUGAUCAUUCUGAUGAGAUUGGUUGUAAGGGAGUUAUAUCUGGACAGAAGCCAAACCAUUGUGAUACAAAAGAAUUUAACUGUGAUGAUGGUGUUACUUGUAUACAUCAAAGCUGGGUGUGUGAUGGCGAUAAAGACUGUCCAAACGGUGCAGAUGAAUCGCCACAAAGAUGUCAUAAUAUUACUUGUAGACCUGAUCAAUUCCAAUGUGAAGAUCGCCGUACAUGUAUACCAGGUCACUUAUACUGUAAUGAUAAAGCUGAGUGUUUUGAUGGGAGUGACGAAAAGAAUUGUACAAUAAAAGCUGCUGUAUGCAAUCCAUUAACACAAUUUGAAUGCAGUGAAGCUUCAUGCAUUCCCCUCGAAAGUGUGUGUGAUAAGAAAAUGGAUUGUCUCAAUUGGGAGGAUGAAAGAGCCGACCUUUGCAAUGUAGAUGAAUGUGCCAAAGAUAAUGGUGGAUGUUCACAAUUAUGUAUUAAUCUUCCUAUUGGCUAUCGUUGUGAUUGCAGACCGGGUUACAAGUUGAUCGACAAUCGAACCUGCGAUGAUAUUGAUGAAUGCUUAGAGCCAGGAAGUUGUUCCCAAUUUUGUCGAAAUGAGAAAGGAACAUUUAAAUGUAAUUGUGCUCCUGGUUAUCUAAAAGAUCCCAAAAAUUUAACACGUUGCAAGGCAGCAGAAGGUCACGCAAGUCUUCUUUUUGCUAGAAGACAUGAUAUUAGGAAGGUAGCUUUAGAUCGUCAAGAAAUGACGGCGAUUGUUAAUAACACUAAAAUGGCAACAGCUUUAGACUUUGUUUUUCGAACGGGUAUGAUAUUCUGGAGCGAUAUUACGGAAAGAAAAAUUUAUAAAGCACCGAUAGAUGAAGGAAAUGACCGUACGGUUGUAAUAGAAGAUGAUUUAACCACAUCAGAUGGAUUAGCAGUAGAUUGGAUAUAUAGUCAUAUAUAUUGGACCGAUUCUGGAAAAGAUACAAUAGAAUUAGCUAAUUUCGAAGGAAACAUGAGAAAAACUCUCAUUAAAGAUCACAUACAAGAGCCGCGAGCUAUCGCUCUAAAUCCUUUGGAUGGUUGGAUGUUUUGGACUGAUUGGAGUGACGAAGCUCGUAUAGAAAGAGCCGGUAUGGAUGGUUCUCAUCGUUCAGUUAUUGUCGGACACGAUAUAAAGUGGCCAAAUGGAUUGACUUUGGAUUUAAUUGGUAAAAGAUUAUAUUGGGUAGAUGCUAAACUUAACUUUAUAGCAUCUUGUAACUAUGAUGGUUCAGGAAGACGAACAGUUCUUUAUUCAACAGAAAUGUUGAGACAUCCAUUUAGUAUUACAACUUUUGAAGAUUAUGUUUAUUGGACAGAUUGGGAUAAAGAGACCAUAUUUAAAGCAAACAAAUUCACUGGCAAGGAUGUAGAGCUUGUUACAUCUGUAAGGUCACCUCAGCAACCAAUGGUGGUACAUGUGUAUCAUCCAUAUAGGCAACCUGAUGGAAUGAAUCAAUGUCAGGCUGUUAAUGGUCAUUGCAGUCAUUUAUGUUUACCUGCGCCUAAGAUUAAUUCAAGAUCUCCACUUCUUAGUUGUGCAUGUCCGGAUGGACUAAGGCUACUACCUGAUGGACUAAUGUGUGUAGAAAAUGUAACUACUACCGUAGAACCAACAACACAACAAAGUGCUAAACUAUUUCAUAAACUUGAACCUCAGAACAUUACAACAACUAUUCAUCCGAUAACCUCGGUGGAUACCGGAAAAAAAGAUUCUGCAAGUGAGUCAACAGAUCCUGGUUUAGUUGCUGGUAUUGUUAUAGGGGUGGUAUCUUUAGGCCUAUUGCUACUUGCAUUAGUGGCAGUAUUGUGCUAUAGGCAUUAUCUUCAUCGUAAUGUUACAAGUAUGAACUUCGACAAUCCUGUAUAUAGAAAAACUACUGAAGAUCAGUUUAGUCUCGAAAAAAACAGAUUUCCCCAUCCUGCUGCUACAGUUGGAGAAGAGGCUCAGGAACCAUUAACGAGUCCUGGAACUAAUGACUACGUUUAAGGCUUAAUCUGUCAAUGAACUGGGAUUAGCAGACUUAAAAAAGCAUUGAUCAUGUAACAAAAUCAUGUAAAAAAUGAUGUAAUGUAUUUACAUCUAAUGAGCCUGUUCAAAUGUAUGCCUGCGUCUGCCCACCUGCCUGCCAACUCAGCUGUGAUUAUGUUUAUUUUUUGUACUGUUUAUUUGUUAACAAAUUUUUGUGCAUUCGAAUAUACUAUAACAUACAUGAAACAUUUAGAUUUGCUCUAAGACAUAAAGGGAGAAAUGUCUAGGGAUAUAUACGCAUGAUAACUGUUGUAAAGUAAGUAUAACAAGGAUUAGAUAUUAAAUACACUUCAAAUCCUGUACUUCUACAUUUUUUAAAAGCUAAGUACAUAGUUUCAUCAAAUAUAUCAUAAUAUAAUGUAGAGUCAAAGAUAUUUACGAUCAGUAAUAUUUUGUCUCUUCUUGCACAUUAAAUAUUAAUAUCAUAUACUAAUUAUGUCCAUUGUACAUUUAUUCUAUAUCUAUUUUAUAGAAGAAACUAUUCUUUCAUAUUGCUAUUUACAAGUGUCAAUACAAAAAAAAGGAAAUACUUCUGUUUUUAAAGUAAAAGUAUAUAUAUAUUUUCCAAAGUUACAUAGACAAAUAUUUAAAUUAUAAUAUCAAUAUUGUAUGGAUGUCUAUAUUGGCUUAGCUUAAGUAUCUGGAAGUUGUUAGCAGUCUUAUAUUAUACAGAAUUCAAAUUAUACAAAAGAAAUUUCUUUAUUUAUUUGCUCAUAAACAAAACAAGAAAAAAAUACGAAUUAUAGUGGUUUAUACAUAUUUCGAUCAUGAACAGCAAUUUCUAGUUAUAAUUAUACAUAAUAUUUUUUCUCAGGUUAAGGUGCUUAAUAUCUAAUAUAGUAUUUUACAUAUUUUGAUUUCUAUAAUGAAGCUAUUUUUUUUUGCAGCGUGAUUUGCAUGUACAUUACACAAUAUAUAAUUGUUAUUCAUUAAUCUAAAUAUAUACAUAUAUGUUGUAAGAGAUAUUUUGAUUGUUGUUACUUAAUUAUUUAUUAUACAAGAAUUUAUUUGGAAAUUGUUCUUCUGAUGGAUAGGGUUCUAUUGUCGGAGUCAUAUGUAAAUGAUGCGGAAAUUAGAUAAUGUAUGAAAAAUUGUACAAAUUAUUAAUGUAAAAAGUGUAUAAACUUACACACAUUUUUAUGAAAAUUUGUUUUAUCGCAAAAUUAUUAAAUGCGAUUAAACAAAUAUCAUGAAUGUUGUGAUAAAACGUAUUUUUUCAACUGUCGACCAUACAUCUGCUUUAGUAAUUAUUGUAAUGAUCGAAGUUGGUUUUUUUUUAUCUUUUUUUUUAAAUAGUACGUUUUCUCUUUGGUAUUAUGUAGAUUUAAGAAUAAAAAUUCUUAUAUCUGACCCCGAUAGUAGUUCGAUAACUCAGAGUACCAAAAGCAGGAAAACAAAAAAUCCUUCUUAAUUUAUAAAAUCAAGUUUCUCCUUUUAUGUCAAUUGUAAAAUGCAUAUAUAAACAGUCUUUUUAGCAUUAUCAAUAUUUCAUAAUAGCUGCCUACGUUCUAAUAUGUGGCCCAUAUCAUGAUUAAGAGACACCUUUUAGUAAUAGUAAGUUUAUACUCUCUUACGUAUAAUGGUGUGUGUGUGUGUGUGUGUGUAUAUGUAUAUGUGUGUGUAUAUAUAUAUAUAUAUACACAUUACAU